AUUGAACCUUCCCAUGAUCCAAGCUCGUCUCUCUCUCUCUCUUUAUUGAUCUAUUUUAAAGCAUUCACUCUUAGUCUUCAAUUUGAACUAGUAUUCCAAAGAAUACAAACAGAGGUCAAGGUGCAAGCAAGCUCUAGUAGUACUACUGCAGCUGCAUCAUGGUGUCUAACGAGUUGAAGAAGUUCAAUAUGGAAGAAGAUGAGCCUGUGAGCCCUACUGGACAGUACUUCAAUAGCUCUGUGCUCUCUGUAAGCAUCCUCGCCUUCUUCGAGUCUGACAAACCUAUCGAUGAUUCCCCGGCCAUCAUCACCCUUGAGAACUCCUUCUUGCCCGUUAACCCUCGGUUCUCUUCAAUCAUGGUGAAAGAUGAGCAUGGUGUCCAAACUUGGAAGAGAGUUAACGUCAAUCUGGAAGAACACCUAAAAAUUCCUACAUUUCCUGCUGGCUUAGAAUCCUACGAUGAGUACGUGCAAGAGUAUAUAGCAAAGAUAGCAAUGGAGCCAUUGUCACAGAGGCGGCCUUUAUGGGAACUCCACCUUAUCAAGUACCCUACAAAGCAUGCAGAAGGAGUCAUGGUGUUCAAGCUUCACCAUGCUCUAGGAGAUGGCUUUUCUCUCAUGGGUGCUCUCUUUUCAAUGGUGCAACGAGCUGAUAAACCUUCACUCCCACUCACAUUCCCUUCAUCUCAUGCAAAACCUCAGAAUGAUGAUGAUCAUGGCAGCACCAUCUGGGAAACACUGUGCAGUGCUUUCAGUGUUGGGGUUAACACCAUAUGUGACUUUGGCUGGAGCUUCUUGAAAAGCACAUUGAUUGAAGAUGAUAAGACACCUAUAAGGUCUGGUGAUCCAGGCGUUGAGUUCCGGCCUAUCACCAUCUCAACUGUAACCUUCUCCCUUAAUGAUGUUCGCCGAAUCAAAGCUAAACUUGGAGGAACAGUGAACGACGUGAUGAGUGGAAUAAUAUUCUAUGGCACGCAACUUUAUCUUCAUACUGCAAGUAAGGGCAGUAGUAAAUAUUCAAAGGUGACAGCAUUAGUGUUGCUCAAUACUAGAGUCAUCAGUAACUACCAGAACUUACAGGAGAUGACAAAACCUGAUGCUAAAUCUCCAUGGGGAAACCAAUUUGGCUUCAUUCAUGUCUCAGUACCAAGUUCCACUGAAGAUCUUGAGAAAGGAAACCCACUGGAUUUUGUAAUGAAAGCAAGAGAGACUAUUAACGCUAAGAGGAACUCAUUGGGUGUGUUUCUCACUGGCAGACUCUUGGAAAUGUUGAGAAAAAUGAGAGGUCCAGAGGUCACUGCUCAGUAUGUUCACUCAACGCUCAAAAACACAAGCAUGACAGUUUCAAAUUUAAUUGGGCCGAUCGAGCAAAUGCAGAUCGCGGGCCAGAAUUGUAGGGGCCUUUAUUUCAUGGUGGUUGGCGUUCCGCAGAGCCUUACUAUAACCAUGGUGAGUUACAAUGGAAAAAUCAAGGUGGCCAUGGGAACAGAGAAAGGUUUCAUUGAUUCUGAACUUUUGGUGUCAUGCAUGGAGAAGUCAUUCCAAAGGAUCUUCACAGUCUCUGGUGCCAAAACUUGCUGAUUUUUUUUUUCUUCUUUAUUUUAUUUUUAUAUUUAUACCACCAAACUGAAAUUGGAUUAUGGUGUGAUGCUGUUCUAUUUAUGUUUAAUAAAAAUAUUGUUUGCUGUGA